AUGAAACAACAGAAGCCUCAGCUUAUUUGUCCGGAAAUGUCGAUUGCUCGAACCUCCCUACUGAGAUAUUUGUUUUACCCUUAUAAAUUCAAAGUUAUUCAGACUUCAUCCCAAUAUGCACACGUCCUGUUUGGGCUCGAAAGUCACCUGCGCCCUGGUCCAUUAGAAUCACGUGGGUCGCGACCCGCAUAUCGUGAUAUUAUUCGGCAUUGUCUGGCCAUUCACAUGUUGCCCACACACCACUCAAUACCUCCUUUGUCCGCUAUUCACUUUCCAGACAAAUAUGCUCAACCGAAGUAG